AUGGGUGGCCCUGUUCAGCAGAAAGCUAAAGGGACCAGCACUGAGCGUCCAUGUUUAGACGAUGUGAUUUCCUCUACAUUUUUUGAAAUCGCGACGCGUUACUGGGACCAUGGCGUUGAAUCGCAAAAUGAUUCUUCUGAACCACCAGCAAAGAAACAAAAGAAGACUACCAAGACCAAUACCAAGAAAUCUACAAAAAAAACAAAUUCAGUUAUAUCAGAGGUUUAUGUGGAACUUGCAAAACCCAUGAUGACAUCUGCGACAAAUGCAAGUGCUGCCUUUUCGUCUCUUAUGUUCAAUAUUUUCAUUUUGAACCAUUUGAAGUACCUUGAGAAAUACCUUUGGGAGAACUUUUCAGAUGAUUCUAAUGAUCAACAUGUUAUUUCUAUUGCGCUAAUGGUGGUGGCAAAAAAUAAUGAGAACAACAAACCUUGGGAAACCUUGAGCCAAUCUUCGGAUACGUUUUCCAAGUUUUUUCAUCGCGUUCUUUCUAUUCUUUCUACACCGUCCACAGAAUUAUGGGUUCGCACACAGCUCGUUCAUUUCCUCACCAUUGCAACUAAAAGUCUCGAUGUCCCGAUAAUUCGCAAGGAGAUUGCCCCUGUGGUUUCAAUUUUAAUUUGGAACCGGUUAAGCUCAGAGACUUCACGAACAGAAAUCAUUACACAGAACCCAUCAUUAAAAAAGCUUUGGAAACAUUAUCAAAAACGUUUGACAAGUGCUCAUAAAGAAAAGGGUGAGGCUUACGCCCAUCUCUCUGUGGCGAGCGAAUGGCUAUAUUCUACAAUCAUGGGGUUUCUUGACAUUUUAUACAAACAUGACGAAGGACAGGCUAGAAAAAUUGUUCACUCAGAUAGGUUUUUAUAUACCACGCGAAUUUUGGAGUUUUUGAUUGCGCUUGUGUCACAAUUACCAACCAGAAGAUUUACAAAUACACUUUUGGUUGACGUUCACCUGCUUUCCGCCAUUAAACAAUCACCAUUUUACAAGAGUGUCAUCGAUGAUGGAGAGCACCGUGCACGUGUGUUUUUGGAACUUGUCAACUUGCUCGACUAUUACAUGCAGUUUCCAAUUGACGACUUUUCUGGGAAACAGCUGAACGAAGAUGAAGCUCGUGAAAGACUAGUGGCACAAUAUAAAAAGCUAAGGACUACGGCAUACGAAAAUUUUUUGGAGGAUACUGGAUUUUUGGCUUACUCAAAUUUAGCAUCUUUGGGUAAACGCGAGAUUUUAGCCGAUCAUUUGCAGUCAAUCACGUUACAACAACUGGAAUCAUUUUGCGAAGCACUCAACCUGCGCACUCAGUACCCAAUUGAAUCAUUACCCCCACCAGAAAACAAACGAGAAUUUUUGCUUGAGUGUAUUUUUGCGCGAUAUGAACAAAAGGCUACUAUCCAACAAUUAUGUAUGUCUUUAGAAACCCUACCAACCGAAGACACGCUUUUCUCACAAACUUUGAGAUUGACUGAAGAAGAAGGUGGUGAUGGAAACACCAAUGUUUUGCCAUUACCCAUCCCGCAAAUGGGACUACAGUACUUGAGCGUUACUGACUUUUUGAUGCGAGCUUUCCAACUAGAACGGUACGAAUCUUUUUAUCAAAUUCAACAAGAUAUUGAAACAACAGUCCAGCGACUUAAGCCACAAACAGUCAUUAUGAAUAGUGCAGGAAACCAAGAAAUCAAAACAAAGUUUAACGGCUCAAGCAAGAUGGCAGCCAAGUUGUCGACGCCUGUUGCCAUUCUUGAAGUUACACCACCCAAGGUUGGCUCAUAUGAUAUUGUUCAGGAAACUAAAGAAAAACCUUCGCACAGUUUUGUCAAGACUACAGAAACUACCAUUAUUCCUGCUCCUGGAAAAGUUCAUGCUGAAUUGGUUGUUGAAUUUGAAGGCCAGAAUGCUGGAUAUGGUGUCUUGUCUGAGUGGGAUGCAUUACGACCUGGCGAAGUUGUCUUUUUGGCGGAACUUGUGACUCCCGCUGCAGCCCGAUCCGCGUCUCCUCUAUGGGAACAAACUGGAAUCAAACAUUUAAGAUCUGCCGAAGUGAUCAAAGUUUUGGAUGAGCGUGAUCGACCUAUUUAUAAGGGUUCUGGUCAGGAUAAUCUUUUCGAUAUUGAUGAAAAAGAUCUUGAUGAUUUUGUUGACAUUGACGACAACGACUUUGAUGGUGAAGGCAAGUCGACAAAGCGUGGAUUUCGACGACGACGUAAAUUGCACGUUUAUUUGGAUGCAUUACAAUAUGCUAAAGAUUCUGGAGCGUUGCACAUUUACAAGGAUCUCAAUGUGAUUUUGAGGCGGCGUCCUAGAGAAAACAAUUUUCACAAAAUUUUGGAAAACAUUAAAAGUUUAACUCUUGAGGGUCAAGGAGUUUCCGAGCGAGCUGUUCCUGAGUGGCUUGUGGAAGUUGUGUUAGGGUUUGGAAACCCAAGCGGGGCCUCUUAUGUUGCAAUGCACGAAAACGAGAAAACAAAAGACUGGUUUGCUGACAAAGUGAAUUAUUUUGACACAUUUUUGGAUCGAGAGCACCUCGAGGGAAGCUUCCCCGGACGAAAGGUUAUUGUGGAGAAAUUAGAGGAAGAAGACGAUGAGGGGCGCGACCCAAACGGGGACCCAUUGCCUCCAUAUGUUUUACCUGGGUACAUUGAAGGAUAUAAGGGUAGCAGUAGCCGUGACGGCGACGCUAAACUUGUUACCGAGCCGUUGAAAGCCGUUUCUACGAGGGCUGAAUCUGUGUAUGGGCUUGCACCGAAGAAGCAUAACAAGGUGCGAUUUACACCCCGGCAAGUAGAGGCACUAGUACGAGGCGUGAGUCCUGGUUUGACUGUAGUGAUUGGGCCUCCAGGCACAGGAAAGACAGAUGUUGCUGUUCAAGCAGUGGCAAACCUUUACCACAAUUAUCCUGAGGAGCGAGUUCUUGUUGUUGCACACAGCAAUAACGCGUUGAACCACAUAUUUGAAAAGAUUGUUGAGCUUGAUGUGGAAGGUCGGCAUAUAGUGCGGCUAGGUGGUGGUGAAGAGCAGCUCGACGAAAGAAUUCGCCAACAGCAGGGUAAGGGUUCCAAGAGACAGAAACAGCUGUUAUUGGUCGAAGCCGAGGGGAAGCCGGAAAGUGGUAAUGCCGGAGCCGACAGCGGACCAGGAUUUGGAGGGUCUUUUUCCAAGUAUGGAUGCGUUGAACGGCUGGAACAGACGCGCGACGAGGUGCUUGGAGCAGUGACCAGACUUGCAGCAUCUGUAAAGACGGCUGGGGCCGGGGGGUACGGAGAAGGAAGUGAUACUGGACUUGCAUUUUAUGAGCAGGAGGUCAAGCCUCGGUGGGAUCGAUACAUUGAAGAGGUGGGCAAAACUAUGAGAGAAAACAAUAAAAAUGGAGACCAGAACAAUGGGAGUGUGGAGAAAGUUAUUCUGGGGUUUCCGUUUGCAACAUACUUUUCAGAGUCCGGGGAGGAUGAGGACGAAGGCCGGGCACGUAUUUUUUGGUCCUUGUGCGGCGGCUUCGAACAGGCCGAAGCCGAUGAUGGUGACGGGAACCAUUUAGAUAGUGUCCGGCUGAAGGCGCAGUUUCAAAAAUGGUGGUCAAAGGUGGUGGAGGUUGAAGGCACAGCCGUGCAUGCGGAGAAGAAACAGACAAAACUUAAGACGAAAACUAAUAAUAUGACUUUAAAGCCCAGCAAAACCGUUUUCGGACGAGCGCUAGCUGUGGCCGAACGAGUUUAUGCACAAGAGAUUCAGGCUCGGCUUUUUGAUGUUCUACGCGAGGUACGCCCGUUUGAUGUGCUUCGAGGAACUCGCGUGAGAGCGGAUCGACUAGUUCAUGAAUCUGCGCGGAUAGUCGCGGUAACGGCUACUUUUGCGGCUAUGAAUCGUGCCGAGCUGCAACAGGCUGGGUUCCAAUGCAACAGCAUUGUUGUGGAGGAGGCUGCACAGUUGACAGAGUUGGAGACGAUACUUGUUUUGGCACUAGGCGGCCAGCAGAGCGUGCGGCGGGUAGUGUUAAUUGGCGACGACUUACAAAACGCACCAGUGGUGCAAAACAGUGGCCUUCGUCAAUAUGGGCACUUGGACCAAAGUUUGUUUGGACGACUUGUGCGGCUUGGGACUCCGGCAAUUGUGUUAAAUGCUCAGGGACGAGCCCGGCCUGAGAUUGUGGCACUCUACGACUGGCAGUACCAGGUGGAUGGUGACGGGGCUAUUGGGGGUGAGGGUAGUAGCAAUGACAGCACUAAUAAUGGCAACUCCAGCAUUAUCCGUGGGGGUUCACUAGAGCACUUACCCCGGGUAUUGGCGGCUGCGGAAUUGCAGCGACCCAAUCCGGGGUUGUUGCACAGUUGGCAGUUUAUUAAUGUUGAGGAAGGAGUGGAGUCGGAGCCUUCCAAACAUUUUUUGCAAAACGUUGCCGAGGCUGAAUAUGCAGUGGCCCUAUAUCAAUACUUGCGAUUGUUGGGGUACCCUAGUCACAAUGUUACGAUUCUAAGUGCUUACUACGGUCAAAAGAAAUUGAUUGAAGAGAUUGUUGAGCGACGUUGUUGUGGAGGAAGAGGAGGUGGAAGCAACUCUUCAAAGAGUUUUGUGGGAGAAAUUUUUGGGAGACCUGGGGCAGUGAAGACAAUUGACGAUUACCAGGGUGAGCAGAAUGACAUUGUGAUUGUGUCACUUGUGCGCACUAAGAGGGUUGGGUAUCUGAGAGAUCCGCGACGAUUGACGGUUGCUCUUUCGCGUGCACGCCAGGGACUUUAUGUGUUAGGACAUGGUGGGCUUGUACGGGGGCAACUUGCACGGGAUGAGGAGAUUGUGAGACGCAUGCUUGAGCGUAAUGUGGAUGAUAAGUUGAUGGUUGUGACUGGGGAGAUGUAUGGCAGUGGGUCCAUUAGUACAACCAAGACGCAAAGGAAACAGAAGGAUAGAGAAGGAGUUGCAAUUGAAGGAGUUGAGCAUUUGGGGCAAUAUGUUUAUGAGAUGGCCAACACGCGACAGGCAUAUCUUAAGAGCAAGCGUGAGAAAGAGGGCAGAUAA